AAGAGUACCACAGUCCACCUCCUCGUCAUUGAUCGCAUCUAGACAGGCGCCCCGGCACUUCGGCACGCCUAACUCUCGUCCACCGAAUGGUUCGGCCUCCGGCGUCCACCCUCCUAUUUAUGCCUCACUGUACCAUCAAAAUUCCCAGCUCUUCUAAGUCCAGCUCCGCGCCGAACCCCCACGCUGCACUUGGAGUCCGUCCCUGCGACUGGGAGCAUCUCGCAACGAGGUUUCAAGCAUCGCGAAUUGCGAUGGAUGAGUUUCCUCUGAUCAGCGACCAUAGUGUGCUAUUUCAAGGCCGCGGCAUGUUCGGUGCAGGGUUUGAGGCAAGCAUGUUCGCUGCUGAUGGAUACGCUGGUAUUGCCAAUUCUUCAUCAGAAAGCAAUGCUAUGCGGAUGCAAGACGAACGCAAGAACAAGGGAAAAGAUUUAUUUUUCUGCGAUUUGCCUGAACUCGGUGGCUUCAAUGAUCUCGAAACAAACCUGAGAAAUUUGGAUCACACGUUUGAUAUAGGGAGCAAUUAUUUCGAGGAUCCACUAUGGUCUUCAAUUUGCUCACCAUAUGCUCAGCUUGUACCAAGCAGCUGCUUUGACAAUAUCAAUUUGUCGAAUGAGAGCACGACUGAUCCUGUAUUACAGUCAUCAGUUUCAGUUCCUGAUCAGGUUAAUCUGACACAUCCCACCACCACGCAACAACAAUCCAUGAAGGAAGGGAGGGAUACACCUUUGAGUUGUGAGGGACAUGCGAGUUCUUCUGGGGGAAUGGAGACAUUCUCACAGCAUUCAGAUGCUGAACUUUUCUGCCCCUUCGAUGACGUUGCAAGCAUGAAGCAAAUCGGUGGCUGUCAGGGACUGGAGGAUUUUUUUUGCUCAAAUCAGGAAAUGCUAGCCCCAACGGCAUCUAGUACUAUGUGCACUGAUGAAACUGUGCCUCCAUCUUCUUGCUCAGGGCCGGAUCUUGCUGCUGCUCACGUUCCUCGUUCUACGAAGAAGCCGCACGAUCGAUUGAAUGGGAAUCCAGAUAUGAUCCUCGAGGGAAUGGCUGAAAAUCCACUGGAGAUAUACUUCCCUCCACUGACAACGUAUGAAGAGCCUGAAGUGGUGAUGAAUGGCACUUCAACACAAACGCCGCAUCAGUUCCCUGUAGAUUCUGCCGGCAACGGUGUCCUGAACUCUGCAGGCUUGCAAUUUGGUUCAAAGGGAACGACUUCUGCAGAGUCCAGCGAGCAAUCUUCCUCACCAUUGAUCCUGGAAGCCGUGCCGGUAAAGGAUCUUGGCUUUCAGAAGCUUCAGGAAAGCAUGAACCAGAUGGAUGUGGCAACCAAAGGACGCAUAAGGGACGCCUUGUACCGGUUGGCCAACUGCGUCGAACAAAAGCAUUAUGCUACGAGUGGAGCAGCGGGAUCAUCAGGUUCAAAGAGGUUCAAAACAGGCGGAUGGACCGAAACGCAGACGAACCCCAUGGAUCAGUCGGUAGCACAGCUGCUUCUACAGAAACCGCUGUACCGAAAGACUGUCUUGUCGCAUCAGCCGUGCCAGGCAAACCGUGUUAAUCAUGUAACCCCUGAUAUCAUAUGUGCUAAAAAGUUAGCUUUAUUAUGAAAUUGGUAAAAACGCAAAGUGAUUUAACAUUAU